CCGCAACGGCGGAACCGGCGACAUGGAUACCUCAGCCCGACCCGUCCCUCUGCAAAACCGCGGGGACGUCAACACGGAGAAGCCGCCGCCGCUGGACCUCAGCCAUCACUACUCGGUGGUCACGAAGCGGCGGCGGCCUUCCAAUAUGAAAGCAGCUUAUAAGUUCUUUGAGAUUCCGGGCAUCUUGAACAUCGCUGGCGGCCUGCCCAAUGUGGCCCAUUUCCCCUUUGACACCCUCGAGGCGCAAACUGCAAAGCCAGUGCGAUGGACUCCCUCGCCAAACUAUCCCGGCGAGCCUGAUGCGUCGGCGGCGGCGGCGUCAGACCCUGCGGCAGCCACCCACAUCGCCGUGCCCAAGACGGUGAAUGAGACCGACCCCCUGAAAAAGAUUGACCUUGCGACGGCCCUGCAGUACGGCCUGGCCAAGGGCUACCCGCCCUUGCUCUCUUGGGUGCGCCAGUUCACCCGCGAGCAUCUCCACCCUGACGUCCCCUACCGCGACGGGCCUGACGUCGUCUUGACCUGCGGGUCAACCGACGGCUUCGCCAAGACGCUGAACCUAUUCGUCAACCAGUGGACUGAGGGCGUCAAUAGCAUCAGCGAACGACCGGGCCUUCUCUGCGACACCUUUGCGUACCCCAACGCCAUUAAUCAGGCGCUGCCGUAUGGUGUGCAGAUCGUUCCCGUGAAAGCGGAUGCCGCGGGUAUGGCGGUGGAGGGACCGGGAGGGUUGGAGGACGUGCUGGCAAACUGGGACCCCUCCAAGGGGAAGCGGCCGCAUCUCAUGUACACCGUCACACUCGGCCACAACCCCACAGGCAUUGUCCUCUCAGUCGAGCGCAAGAAGGAAAUCUACGCCGUCUGCAGCCGGUACGACGUCAUCAUUGUCGAAGACGAGCCCUACUGGUACCUGCAAUUCCCCUCCGCCGCCGUCGAGGAGGCCAAAUCCCGCGGUCUCCCCCCUCCUGCCCCCUCACCGCCGCACAAACCGGCCCGGUCCUCCGGCUUCCCCUUCCUCGACUCCCUCACCCCGUCCUUCCUCAGCAUCGACACCGAAGGCCGCGUCGUCCGCCUCGACACCUUCUCCAAGACCGUCGCGCCGGGCUGCCGCCUGGGCUGGAUCACCGCGGCGCCGGCCAUCGUGGAGCGCCUCGAGCGCAUCACGGAAGCCACCACGCAGCAGCCGUCCGGCUUCGUGCAGUCGCUCAUCUCCGAGCUCGUGCUCGGCUCCUCCCCGCAAUCCCAGUCGGCCCGCGCCGCCUUCUCCCUCCUGCGCUCCCCGCGCGAGCAGGCCGCCUUCAAGGGCUGGGACAUGAGCGGUUGGGUGCGCUGGAUCGAGGGGCUGCGCGGCACCUACGAGCGGCGCAUGGCGCGCAUGUGCCGCAUCCUCGACGCCGGGUCCCGCCUCGUCACCUCCUCCCCGCUUUCUUCUUCUCCUUCUUCCACCGCCGCCACUGACCGCCCCGCGUCCGAGUCCGAGUCCGAGUCCGAGCCCGAGUCGGAAUGGUCCCCGCAGACCGUCACCGCCACGCAGCUCUACUCCUUCGCCUGGCCGCGCGGCGGCAUGUUCAUCUGGCUGCGCACCCACCUCGAGACCCACCCGCUCUGGCAGCAUCCCACCACCACCACCAGCAGUACCAGCCGCAGUACCACCCCACCAUCCGCCUCCGGCUCCCUCCCCCCCGUCCUGGACGGCCCCACGCUCGCCGCCGCGCUGAUGGUCUUCCUGACCGAGAAGCCGUACCGCGUGCUGGCCGCGGCGGGCGGCAUGUUCGCCGCCACGGACGCGGCGCGGCGCGACGCCCGCGGCUGGGCCUACUUCCGCCUGUGCUUCGCCGCCGAGGCCGAGGCCAACAUCGACCGCGCGGCCGAGCGCUUCGUGCGCGGCGUGCACGCCUUCUGGGAGGUGCGCGACGUGCGCGAGAUUGAGAGGUUGUUGGGGGAGUUGCAGGCGCAGGGCGGGGAGGGGGGCGCUUCCGGUCGGGAGGGGGAGGAGGGGGAAGAUGAUGGAGAGGAGGUUUGUAGAUUGGGGUGGUAUAUGGGCUGUUGA